AUGGCCGAGCUUCGGCGCGAAGGUAGGAAAUGGGAGUGGACGAAGCCGUCCGAGGAGGAGGUGCAUGCGAGGCUCGCCGACUUCGACGAACCCCUUCGAGAUAUGAGUUUCGAAGUGCCCGACACCGUCCGGGACGGGGACGCGGGCUCCGGCCUGCUAGCAAUGAGCGCGUUGCUCUGGGCUGUGAGGCGGAAGGAUCGGUUGGCCGGCGCCCUCCGUCGCAGUGCCACCAGCAUGGACAAGGUCGCUGUUGCGGGGUUGAAGGGGCUGCGCAUCGAGAUGGUAGCCUUCAUCAAGAAGCAGGUCGCGCUCAUACGGUCGGGCCGAAACGUAGUUGCGGCCGACGUCUGUGACGACGACGGCGAGGAGGUUCAGUCGGCGCCCCAAGCUGGCGGAGGUGCCCCAGCGGUCGGGAAGCGGGGUGGCGGCGUCGACGAGGCCGGGAAGCCUGGCACCUCGGUCGGGAAGCGGGGUGGCGGCGUCGACGAGGCCGGGAAGCCUGGCACCUCGGUCGGGAAGCCGGGUAGCGGCGUCGACGAGGCCGAUGCGGCAGCAGGACAUGGGGUGGCCGGGACCGAGGAGAAGCACCAGGACGAGACUGAUCACGGGGAUGAUGAUGGGGUCCAGCAUCGUGAGGAGGAACGUGAGGUUGAGGGGGGCUCGGAGGAGUCGGUGUCGGGGUCGGAGUCGGAGGAGGAGCAGGAGCAGGGACAGGAGACGCAGGAGCGAGAGAGGCAGCCCCAGGAGGAGCAGCAAGACGAGGAGCAGGGCGUAGAGGUGGUGGACGUGGAAAUGGCGGAGGGGAACGUUGCAGAAGGAGCGGCGGAAACGGGUGGGAGAUCGGCGGAUGUGGAGAACGACGAAGGGGAGGGAAAGGGUACGACGGCGGAUCUCGGCGAGGUCGGCGUGGAGGCGGCUCACGGGGGGAUUGGGUGUCAAGAGACCGGCGACGGCAGUUCGGGGAAGCAGUCGGGGAAGAGCGUGCUCGACAUGCUCAAGAAGCACUGGGCAGAGGUUCGAGCGACGAGCACAGGGAAGGGUGAUGGGGGUCCCGCCGACGAGCAUGCCGCUGAUGACGCACGGCCAAUGGCUCCGCCUUCGGUCGGCGAGAAGCCACCUCGACAGGGUAGCGGUGAGAAAGGGCAGAGCGACAAGGCGGCUGCCAAAACGGCCACAGGCGGGGCCGCGAAAACUGGCAAGGGCCCGACGGCCGGGGUCGCGGAGGCGUCGGCGGUUCCUCACCAGCCUCCCGCGGGUGCACGCCCUCCGGCCGCACCGUCUGCCGGGCGACCUGCCGACGUUGCGGGGAAAGGGGCGGCAGUUGCGGACGCGCUCAAGGAGCAGCUCAGGCUCCUUGCCGGCCACAAGGUUGUUCAACAGCCUCCCCCAGCUUUCGACGUCCCCUCGGCGAGUGUGCCACGGGCAGUGCCGGCCGUCGCCGCCCGUACUCCUGCUGACCCAAAAUACGUGUUGCUUCGCGCCCAGCUAAGCGCGCUAGUGUCGACCGCGCCAACCCAGCAGGCAUCAGGCUCUGGCACCAAGCCGUCGUCGGUGUAUGUCGCACCACCCACCCCUGUGGCAGCUGAGGUUGAGAAGGCGGCGGAGAAGGGCGUUCGUGCCGCCCUGGCCACCGGUGGCGGCCCCGUCGAGCAGACGCCCCCAGACGCGGAUAUCGCAGCCAUACAGGCCCAUCUGGAUGCAGCCAUGCCCCGAACUCUGGCAAUCUCCGACACGGCACAUGUGGAGCCUUCGGCGGGGAAGGCGGGCUCACAGAGGAAGUCUCGGGAGAAGUCGGAGAUGAAGGCGGCGGAAACGGCGGCGGACAAAUAUGGUGGCGGCAAAACGGGGGAGAUGUCGCUCGGCGAGGGUACGUCGACGGGGAGAAAGGGGAAGGAGAAGGCGGUCGGCGAGGGUUCGUCGAAGGCGAGAAAGGGAAAGAGGAAGGCGGAGGAGGAGGAGGAGGAGGACGUCGAGGAGGUGGAGGUGGUCGAGGAGGAGGAAGAAGAGGAGGAGGAGGAGGAGGAGGAGGAAGAGGAGGAGGAAGAGGAGGAGGAGGAGGAGGAGGAGGAGGAUGAGGAAGAGGAGGGGAAGGGCAAGGAGAGGAGGGGUCAUGACAUCCGACACGAUACCUCGGGCGACAAGCAAGGGUGGGUCGGCGAGAUUAAGGUGCACGGCAUCAAUCGAUACAUCGGCAAGUCGCGUGAGAAGAUGGAGCUCGCGUACGUGCACUCCAUCGCGUUCGUCGUCUACGACGGUUUCGUGAGCAAGGUGCUCAUGAACGAGCUCACCGUCCUGGACAGCGCCGAGUUGGAGAGGUGGAAGGAGGUGUGGGAGGAGGUCAGGAUCUUGCCGACCGGGAUGUGGACGGUGAUGUGGGCCCGGGGUACUCUUCUUCCAAAGACCCGGCUGAAUGAGAUCCUCGACAAGUAUCGCCAUUACAAGUCCACAGGCGAUGGUCUGCUCGCCACGCUCCUGCCAGCCGUAUGGUACCAAGUCGAUCCCAACACCAAGGAGGGCCGGGAAAAGUCGGCGUCCAUGAUGUCGGCGAUGAUAGGUCGCGUGGCAAUGAGCGCGGCGUAUGGGAAGACCGCUGCGACAGCGGCGAGAAAGGAGGGAGACAGCGACGAGAAGACGGAUAUGGCGGCAUGGGCGUUAGGAGCAUCCGCAUGCGCUGUGUGGUGCUUCGUCGAGAACGGCGAUGCCAAGGUGGAGGAUGCUGUGGAGGAAGGGAAGGCGGCGGCGCUUUUGGGCGGAGCGAGCCAGCAGACCGCCGAUGUAUUCGGCAAAGUCAUGGAGGCGGUGCUGAACGCCGAGAUCAACAGGGACCGCCCCCUGGGAGAGGUUGCUUACAACGUCGCGCCAGCACUCCAGAGGACCGCCCUUGAUAGGGCUUAUCCUGGGGGGAAUGCUGGAGUCGAUGCCGUGGUGAUCGCAAGAGCGACGGUCGAGACGAUGGCGUUCUGGGGAAUGUGCCCCGUCGCCGGGCCGAAACUCAAAGCGAGGGGCAUCGCGGUGCCGAUUGACGCGCAGAUGAAGGCUGACCUCGACAACAGGGGGAGGAAGGGUCAGAGGGGCAAGAAGGGGACGAAGGCCAAGGGCGGCACGGGGAAGAAGGGGACGAAGGCCAAGGACAGCGCGGGGAAGAAGGGCCAGAAGGCCAAGGACAGCGCGGGGAAGAAGGGCCCGAAGGCGAAGAAGGCCAAGGACAGCAGGGCGGCGUAG